AUGUGGGGUGCCUUUAUUACAACACUCUCGGCUCUACUAUUUUGGACUAUGCUUCUAUUUUCAUUCCCCACCAUUCUUUCUCAUUCGGUUGAUUCUCCUACCCCAAAUCAUCACAACGGCAACCACUACAGGCGGCGGCUACAUCCACCGCCACAUCAUCCACGACCCCAUAAGAGACUAUCACCGCCGCCGCCGCCGCCGCCACCAGCAUGGUUCUAUUUCUACUCACCACCACCCCCUAGUCCUCCAUGUGCUCCUCAUGACGCUGGCCAACCUUUGCACGCGUCACCACCCCCACACUUGCACUCCAAGAAUCGCCGCCACGGCCACCACCAAGAACCAUUGCCAUGA